UCCAGGCCCGGCGGCUCCUCCUCAGCGCCCGCCCGGCCCCACAGUCCAUGGACGCCCCGCCGCGCCCCGCGCUGCCGUCCCCCGCCCCGUCCCUCCCGCCGCCCGGGCCCCCACCGGGCCAUGACACGGGCGACGUCCUGCAGCAGAUCAUGGCCAUCACGGACCAGAGCCUGGAGGAGGCGCAGGCCAGAAAGCAUGCUCUGAAUUGCCAUCGGAUGAAGCCCGCUCUCUUCAGUGUGCUCUGUGAGAUCAAGGAAAAGACAGUGUUAAACAUCCGGGGCGUUCAGGAAGAGGGUCUCCCCGACGCUCAGCUCAUGAGGCUGGAUAACAUGCUGCUGGCCGAGGGCGUGUCCAGGCCGGAGAAGCGAGCAAGAGGAGGACCGGCGGUGGCGGCCGGCACAGCAACACCAGGUGGCUGUCCAAAUGACAAUAGCCUUGAGCACUCUGACUACAGGGCCAAGCUGUCCCAGAUCCGACAGAUUUACCACUCUGAGCUAGAGAAAUAUGAACAGGCCUGCCGUGAGUUUACCACACACGUCACCAACCUUCUCCAGGAGCAGAGCAGGACGAGGCCCGUCUUGCCCGAGGAGAUGGAGCGCAUGGUUGGCGUCAUCCACAGCAAGUUCCGCGCCAUCCAGAUGCAGCUGAAGCAGAGCACCUGCGAGGCCGUGAUGACGCUGCGCUCGCGGUUCCUCGAUGCCAGGCGUAAGCGGCGGAACUUCAGCAAGCAUGCCACAGAAGUGCUGAAUGAAUACUUUUACUCCCAUUUGAGCAACCCUUACCCCAGCGAGGAAGCUAAACAAGAGCUGGCCAGGAAGGGCGGCAUCACCGUCUCCCAGGUUUCCAACUGGUUCGGCAACAAAAGAAUCCGGUAUAAAAAGAACAUGGGGAAGUUUCAAGAAGAGGCGACCAUUUACACAGCUAACACGGAGGGAAACACCACCGAAGCUGGGGGUCCAAGGAGCCAGGCCAGCUGCCCGUCCACACCCGGCUCUGGUUCCUCCGGACACUUCCCGCUGACCAGUGCUGGGGAUGCACUUAUCUCCCUGCAGACACUGGCCUCUCUCCAGCCCGCCCCUGGCAGAGGCGGCGUGUGGUCCCAGGCCCCGGGAAGCUGGCAGGGGACCACCCCGUCGGUGUCGGUGUCGACUGCUUCCCCUGCUGGAGAUCCUGGCAGUGUCAACUCAGAUGCAUCUAAUUAAGCUUGGGGGACGAGCAGAAAAGAGGAUGUGUGACCUGCCGUGGUUUGCCGGCAUUGGUGUUUUUACUGUGCGUCACAGCUGAUUACCUCAGAAAACCCAGAACUGACAGCAGACAGUGCUCCCUGAGCCACACCGCCUGGGACACUGCUCCAUUUCUUGCUUGUCAGCUGGGAUUUGAAAUGGGCAGAGACACUGUUCAUUUUCCCAACUCAGUUUGGUGGUUGUUUUUUAGAUAGUAAUUUUAUGACAAAACUAUGAAUUGUCUCUUCUAGGACUUGUCAGAAAU